CGAGCCCACCUCCUUAUUAUUAUUAUUUUUUUUUUGGGUGAAACGAGCCCACCUGUAAUUAGGGACGGGGAAUGUAAUAUAAAUAUAAAACUAUAACAUUAAAAAUAAAAAGACCAACAUAAAUCGAGCACACAAAGAAUCAGCUUGAUUGUGUAAUAACAAAGCCAUAAGCCGUUGACUUCUCUCUCUGUUUCAUCGCAAUUCAGAGGGAUUCACCUUUGCUUCGAUCUCUUGAGGUCUCAACAAACAACAAUGGCUGUCGAACGAGUGAUUGGCGGAGCUUUCCUCUCAGCUUCAGUCGAACAGUUGUUCGAAACGAUGGCUUCUCAGGAUUUCAACGACUUCGUUCGCGAAAAGAAACUCAAAACUGCGUUCGACAAGCUUCAAUUCAUGUUGUCUUCAGUCGGUGGAGUUUUGAAUGAUGCUGAAACGAAGCAAUUGACAGAUCCAUCUGUGAGACGGUGGCUUGAUGAUCUCAAAGACGCAAUCUACCAUGUCGAAGAUUUGGUUUGUCUGAUCAAAACUGAAGCCGAAUUGGAAGGUACUGAAUUUGCAAGAAGAAGAAGAAGAUCAUCUAGGGUUCGCAAAUUCAUUUCAUGCGCUGCUAACCAAGAAGAAAAUGAAGAAGAUGUAAGCAAAAGUGAGAUGUACUACAGUGCAGUGGAAGGUUUGCAAAGCGAAUCUGGCAUCAGAAGCAGUGAAUCUAAUAAGGUACGCAAUUUGUUCCAAUCUUAUAGAUUAGCUGCUGCUAAGAAAGAAUAUGAAAGGAUAAAGGGGAUAAAGGAGAUUUUCGUCAUGCUUUCACUCAUUAUGGGAAAAAUUGAUCAUCUUGAUUUGAGAAAAGGUGUUGAAACCAAACCUUUACAAAGAUCAUAUGAAACUAGUUUACUGGAAGAAGUUAAUAUUUAUGGGAGGGAUCAUGAUAAAGACGCCCUUUUGAAGUUGUUGAUUUCACAUGAAGGAGAUGGGAGUAGAGUGGAUGUGAUUCCAAUCAUAGGCAUGGGUGGGGUCGGGAAGACCGCCCUUGCUCAGCUUGUUUACAUGGACAGGGCGGUCGAUCAACAUUUUGAUUUCAAAGCAUGGAUUACUGUUUCCCAUGACUAUGAUGUUUUCACAAUAACAAAAAGAAUUUAUCAGAAAGUCGCUGGGUUGAAAAGAAUCCUUACGGAGGAAACAUUUGAACUUCAACAAGAGUUGCAGUUGUUUUUGGGGUACAAAAGGUGUCUCCUUGUGUUUGAUGAUGUUUGGAACUUGAAUUUUAAUAGGUGGUGUGCCAUAAGUUGUCCAUUAAAAUCAAUAGCAUAUGGAAGUAAGAUUAUUGUGACAACACGUGACGGAAACUUUGCAUCAAUGAUAGGUAGUGUCCCAAAUUAUUCCUUACAAUAUAUGUCAGAGGAAGCUUGUUGGCAAUUGUUUUCGAAUCAUGCUCUCAAUAAAGUAGAUGAUCCAAGUGUGUACGAGGAAUUGGCCGAAAUUGGUAGAAAAAUUGUUAGAAAAUACCAAGGUUUUCCCUUAGUAAUAAAAUCAUUUGCUGGUCUUCUACGUGCUGAACAAAAUCCCAGAAAAUGGGAAAAUAUACUAAAGAAGGACAUAAGUGAGUUACCUCAGGGGUGUGACGUUCUUUCAACUCUAUGGUCAAGCUACAAUUAUUUGCCUCCUCAUUUAAAAAGAUGUUUUGCCUACUGUUCCAUUUUCCCUAAAAAUUAUGUGUUUACAAAGAAAAAGCUAAUUUUGUUGUGGAUGGCAGAAGAUCUUUUGAUACCAGAAAAAAAUAAGAUGCUAGAAGAAGUUGGAGAGGAAUACUUUGAUGAUCUAACAGCAAGAUCAUUCUUUCAUAAAAAUGAAAUGUAUGGUUUUACCAUGCAUGACCUUGUGAAUGAUUUAGCUCAAUUUGUAGCAGGAGAAUAUUGUUUGAGGUCAGAUGACAAUUAUUCAGAUAUCCUUCCAAGGAAGACUCGUUACUUGUCAUGGAUGGAAUACUUGCCACGGAUGGAAAAUAAAACAGACGAUAUCAAGAAAGUUGAGGAUGUAUCUAAAAAAAGGGUAUUGCGCACUAUACUUCGAUUGGAUGGAUCAUUGCAAAUGAUUCAUGACUACUUUAUACAUCCUAAAGGAUUGCAAAAUUUCAGAUGCUUAAGAGUGCUUUCUUUGUAUCGGGUUGGUGUUGUCUCAAAGUUGCUUGGUUCAAUUGGCAAAUUGAAGCUUCUAAGAUACUUAGAUUUAUCUUGGACUGAAGUUGAAAAAAUACCUGAUACAAUUUGCGGUUUGUACAAUUUGCAGACGCUAUUGUUACAUUGUUGUAGAUAUCUUUGUCAGCUGCCAGAUUCAAUUGGCAAUUUGAAGCAUCUAAGAUAUUUGGAUUUAUCCAAUACUGAAGUUACGCAGAUUCCUGACGGAGUGUGCAAUUUACACAAUUUGCAUACUCUAUUAUUGAGAUCAUGCCGAAAUAUUACUCAUUUACCAACCAAUAUGGCAAGACUGAUCAACUUGCGCCACUUGGACAUUAGUGCCACAUCUUUAAGACAGACACCACCACAACUGUCCAACUUGAGAUAUCUGGAAAUAUUGGGUGAUCUUGUUGCAGGCACAAGCAGUGGAUCUAGUCUUAAAGUGUUGAAUGAGGUUCAAGAUGUGCGUGGUACUCUUUGUAUUAGAAACCUUGAAGAGGUAAAAAAUGUUGAUGAUGUUUCAAAGGCCAAUUUGAAAGAUGAGAAGUGUAUCACUGAUUUGCGUUUGGAAUGGCAAGGUGAUACUUAUAAUUCACAGAAAGCACGAAAAGUACUUAACAGACUUCAACCACACACAGAUCUUGAGCGACUAUCUAUUAUAAACUAUGGAGGCUUAAGCUUCUCAGAUUGGAUUGGAGACCACAUAUUUUCCAGUGUAGUAUACAUGUGGCUAAGUAAAUGUAAAAGAUGUCACAGUUUGCCACCGAUUGGACAGCUACCUUCCUUGAAAUCACUUAGCAUUGAUGGAUUUGAUAUGGUGGAGAGAGUGGGUAAUGAAUUCUAUUUCAGUGGUUUGUUUGCGGUGAAUAAACCAUUCAAGUCUUUAGAAAAAUUAAGUUUUAAAUUUAUGCCUCGGUGGGAGGAGUGGUCAGUGGUGGAGGAUGGAGUUUUCUCACAACUCAAGGAGCUUCAUUUGAUGGAUUGUCCGUCCUUGGCAUUAAACAGGAAUUGCUUUCCGGAUUCUCUUCCAUCCUUGACACAUCUUUACAUCUCUAAAUGCCAACAACAGGUGGUGGCUUUACUCCUAAGCUGUCAGCUUCCAUUGCUUGGUUCCUUGUACAUAGGUUACUGUCCAGAGUUGAAGUCAUUCCCACAAAGGAGUUUGCCCACUAAUAUACAUGCUAUUGAAAUUUGUGGAUGUGAAAACCUCAACUCAUUUUCGGAUGAGGGAUGACCUUCAAAUUUAAAGUCUCUUUCAAUUGGUAGUUGUGGGAAGCUAUUUGCACCCAUUAUGCAGUGGAGUCUGCCAACACUCACCUCUCUUGCAUCUUUAAGCUUGAACUGCAUAGAUGAAGUGGUGGAUUCAUUUCCAGAAGAAGGACAACUUCCCACCUCUCUGACUUCUCUCACAUUAUGCCGUUUUCAUAACCUCAAAUCCCUGAAUGGCAAGGCCCUUCAACAGUUGGCCUCCCUUGAAGAAUUGUCAAUUUCAUAUUGCGAGCAGUUGCAAUGCAUGCCAGAAGAAGGGUUGCCAGCUACUCUGACUGCUCUUCAUCUGAGUUGUCUUGAACAUCUUAAAUCACUAAAUGGCAAUGCGAUUGUACAGCUUACCUCCCUUGUAAAAUUGUCAAUUUCAUACUGUCCACAGUUGUUGUGCAUGCCAGAAGAAGCGUUGCCUGCUUCAACUUCUCAAUUGACCAUAGAAUAUUGUCCUUCUCUAAUUCCACGGUGCCAAAGAGAGACAGGGGAAGAUUGGUCCAAGAUUGCUCACAUCCCUCACAUACGCAUAAAUCCGAAUUGAAUUGAUAUGUCCAUCUUCUCUAGAAUUUUUCAGUAGCCAAGCUUUCGAGCACUUGUCCACCAUCUAAGUGUUCUUUGAUUGCUUCAACGUUCUUCUGGGAUUUGAAUCCUUAUCCAAGGAUGAUAUAGAACUUAAUUUCUUCCAACUGCACCACAUAGUUGCUGGUAGAUGGGCUCCCUGAGGGUUGGUUCUAUUUAACAAGUGGUCUCUGGCGUGAUGGAUAUGUUUCAGAUACUCAAGUUUCCAAAAAAGAGCUUUGUCAAUUCAUUCAGGAAUUUACAGAACGUUUAAAUCAUUUCGGAGUAUGAAACUUCCGAGUGUAAUUUAUGUGCAGGUAUUUGGAAAAUGUACUUCUCUCAUGGAAUUAAUAAUUUAAUUACUGGACCUUUGUUAGAGUUUCAAUAUGCCAUGUGAUAUAUGUUUAUACUUCUUUGGAAGUGAUGCAAUUCUGCUUUGUUUCUCAUUAUUUCAAUGAACUCUUAAGUACAGGGUUUCCUUCA